CUUAUCUGUGUGUCUGUUGAAGGAGAAGUUCGUGGUUACAAUGCCGCCUCGGAAGAGUUAAAAGGUAACUUGAUGGACACAAACAUGGAACAGGAAACAAUUAGAGAUCUAAGUCAGAGAAAACAGAAUCUCAUGCUGGAGUUAAGAAACUAUGAAGAAAAUCAAAAAGCUGGUGUGGCGGCUUCAGGCGUUUUGAAUGCUCGGGCACAGCAGUCAGGUGGGGGUCCAGUCUCGGCCGACAAACCUUUCCCAGUCGGGGUAGAAUACGAGCAGUCUGAGAUGGGAGUCAUACCUGCCUCAACUCAAUUACAGACAACUUUGUCUGUGAGCCCAGGUGAUGAGAAGAAUCCAGCCCAUGUAGAGUUGAUAGUUGCCACUACAAACGACACUGUAGUACGAGCAGUCCUCAUUUUUGCCGAGGGAAUAUUUGAAGGAGAAAGUCACGUUGUACAUCCGAAUGCUGGUUCAUUAAGCAACUGUGUUAGAGUUCCAAUUGUUCCACCAAAAGACGUCCCUGUAGAUCUCCAUAUAAAAGCUUUCAUUGGCUAUAAAAAUUGUUCUCAGUAUCAUGUGUUUGAGUUAACGAGACAGUUACCGAGGUUUUCUAUGUAUGUGUUAUGCGGUGAAGAUCAGCAAGAAGCCAAAGGCACGUGUACCUUCCAAGUUAAUGAACGUGUACAAAGAAUUGUUAUGUGGAUAAAUCAGAAUUUUCUUCUACAAGAUGAUGUACAGGUAGAUGCUGAUGGAAGUAUCAACUUUGCUUUCUUAUCUUUACGGGCCACUGGACCCUUUCAUUUUAAAAUGGACACUUCUGGAACUGUGACAUUGAAGACAGAUGACAUGGAUCUGGCAGGUGAUGUUGUACAAGCCGUGGCCAACUUCCUCAACCUAGAAGAUCUACAUACAACCAUAGACUACCCGGAUGAAAUGGAGAGACUUAGAGAAGUUCUUGUUAAGGUAGAUGAGUACCAUGCUGUGAGACAGAAGUUGACGGCAGAGAUGGCCGAUCAUUCUAAUUUGAUACGUAGUCUUGUUGUACGUGCCGAGGACGCCAGACUUAUGGGAGAUAUGGGUAACAUGAAGAAAGGCUAUACAGAGUUAUACAACAUGAAUCAUGAUCUGAUUAACGGAUACAAGAUAAGAUGUGGUAAUCAUCAAGAGUUACUGGCCGCACUUAAACAAGUUAACCUGAUCAUACAAAAAGCUGGCAGAAUGAGAGUCGGGAAGUUUAAGACUCAAGUUGUGAAUGCGUGUCGAGCUGCCAUUAAAAGCAACAACGUAAAUGCACUUUUCAAGAUCAUAAAAACUGGAGGGAGCUGAGUGAUAUUUUGUGACAUAUCAACAAUACUGUUUACGUAUAUUUUUACAGACAUGUGACAUUUUACAUUCCGUCCAUAUCAUGAAAUAAUAAAAUGAUAAACAAUUUUAUACUGUACUGACCGAGAUAGUGAUUCAUACAUAUAUAUUGAAAUACUUUUACCGUAUAAAAGUGUGUAUAAGUCAGACUUGUGUGAAAUAUCAGUAUCUAAAUAAAAGAGAACAGGAGAAAAAUUUGGGGCUAAAUGUCGGACUGGAGUAAAAUAUCAGUAUCUAAAUAUUUAAAAAGAAGGAAAUCAUGGGGCUAAAUAAAUGCACAGAAAUUCAUAAUAAGAGAAAAAAUGAUAUAUAUAUUACCCAUAUCUUGAUUAUUGUCAUCAUUUGAAAUUAAAAAGGUUUCAGGAAGAAGAAAUAUCCUACAGCAUACACUAAAACCUCUGUAGAGCGACCCUCUGUACAACAAUAACCUCUGUACAGCAAUUACCUCUGUACAACAACCAUGUCAUUUCUUUCUGAAGGAAGACCUCGCAAUACAUUUAACUUCUCUACAACAACACCUCUCUGCAUCAUCCAAAGUCUUGGUCUCACGGAGGAUGUUGCUACUCAGGGGUUGUACUGUACUUACAAUAAAAUAUUAUUAGUAUUAAAUUUGGUAUAUGACGUGAAAUCAGUCCCUUUUAAAAUCAACUUUUGUAAAGACGCCUCUUUGUUACAUUAGAUGUUACCCUUACACUUUUAAGUUAUUAUUAACAAGUGCUCUUUUUAAUCAUCCCUAGAUUGUAUCAAAACUUGUGUUUGUAUGAUAUCAUUAUUUAUGUGUAUUGUUAAUGUAUUUAUUUAUAUGUUAUUCUGUGAUAUAAGUAAGUUAUUAAUGUUUCUGAAAAUGAAAAAAAUUGUAAUGUGUCAUGGCAAUUGAUAAUAAACUGAAGGAAAAAUUA